CGUUUAUCUGUUGUGAAUAUAUGCUUUAGUUUCUCCACUAAACUUUGCUCUUUUAUUGGAAACCAUAAAUUAACAGGUUUAAAGUGUUGACGCCUUUUGUUCGUAGUUUAGAGUUGAAUUGAAUUGAAUAAUGGGCACUGCCUUUGGUUAAUUCUAUCCAAGAGAUGGUAAGGAAAAUGAAAAAGAUUCUUCGCAUGUGCUUGUUGUUCACUUCCACUCCACUUCUCUUUUUUUCCGUUCUUCAUUUCUUUUUCUUUUCAUUUCUUUCUUCCUCUCUUUCUCCAUUGCUCCCCACAAAAGCGAUCCUCGCAAUAAAAAAAAAUAAUUUCAAUCUGAUUAUUAUCAUUUUUUUUUUCUUCCCACACCUUCCCACACCUUCAUUCACAUCAUCCCUCAACGACUCUUUCUUCCUUUCUCUGCACGUCUCGAUCACUGCAACUUGCUACACAAGCAAUUGUUAAAAAGGAUUGAUAAUGGGGCUAAUUCUAUCAUCUCGACGCUUGGAAGAGCAUCAGUGCGAGGGCGGAGAAAA